CGGGCGUUGCCGCCAUUUUUUUCCUCUGGUCAGCGCAGCCAACCUCUAUGCGAUUGGAGCGCCUUGCGACCGUCUUCACCAACCGGCUCUCUUUCAUUUCUUCCUAUUUCAAUUCCGCGGUCAUGGGACGCGGGAAAAAGGGACACCGCGGCGGCGGCGGCGGCGGCGGCGGCCGUGGAGGGGGAGGUGGCCGCGACAAUCGCGGGGACCACCGCCCCUACCAGACGUACCCGCAGAUAGUCAAGGAGAACAGAAAACUAGAACAGUACUACAACUCGUUGAUCGACCUGCCCGAGGACGAGAGGGCCGAGUUCUGGGCCGCCCUGCGGAGAGACUUGCCUAACAGUUUCCGCUUCUGCGGCUCCAAAGGCCACGCUCUCGCCGUCAAGCGCCUGCUCCAGACGCGGUACAUUCCCGAGAUCACCCGCAUCACCCACGAGGGCGUCGCCGUCGCGCCCCCGACGGCCGUCCCCUGGUACCCCGACUCGCUCGCCUGGACCAUGACCACCCCGAAAAAUGUGAUCCGCAAGUUCCCUCCCUUCGCCGCCUUCCAGAAGUUCCUAGUGUCCGAGACGAGCGUGGGCAACAUCAGCAGGCAGGAGGUGGUGAGCAUGAUUCCGCCCCUGCUCCUGGAUGUCAAGCCGGGCAUGACCGUCCUCGAUCUCUGCGCCGCUCCCGGCAGCAAGGCCGCCCAGCUUCUCGAGAUGAUCCACCGCGGCGAGGAGGCUCGCAUCCGCAAGGUCAUCCGCUCCUUUUCCGCCGACGCGCCCAAGGACGACGACGAUGCCCAGGAGGAGGACGAAGCCGCGCGGCUGGAGGCCGACCCCGGCGACGACGGCCGGGCCACCGGCUUGCUCAUUGCCAACGAUGCCGACUACAAGCGCAGCCACAUGCUCAUCCACCAGCUGAAGCGCCUGUCGUCGCCCAACAUGAUUGUCACCAACCACGACGCCACCAUGUACCCCCCGCUCAGGAUACCGAAUCCCGAAAACCCGGACAAGCCCGGCUACCUCAAGUUCGACCGCAUCCUGGCCGAUGUCCCCUGCUCCGGCGACGGUACCCUCCGCAAGAACAUCAACCUGUGGAAGGACUGGACCCCCGGCAACGCCUUGGGCCUGCAUCUCACGCAAAUUAGGAUCCUCGUCCGUGCCUUGCAGAUGCUCAAGCCCGGCGGCCGCGUCGUCUACUCGACCUGCAGCAUGAACCCUGUCGAGAACGAGUCCGUCGUGGCCGCCGCGAUCGAGCGGUGCGGCGGGCCUGACAAGAUCGAGAUCGUCGACUGCAGCGACCAACUACCGCUACUCAAGCGGAAGCCGGGUAUGCGCAAGUGGCAGAUCAUGGACAAGUCAGGUCGCAUGUGGAGCUCCUGGGAGGAGGUUGAGGAGUACACCAAGUCCACCGAGAACGGCAUUGCCCCCGGUCGUCUCGUCGACAGCAUGUUCCCGCCCCGCCCGAACAGCGUCUGUGCCGAUCUUCCGCUGGAGCGGUGCCUGCGCAUCUACGCCCACCAGCAGGAUACCGGCGGCUUCUUCAUCACCGUCCUGCACAAGAAAGCAGAGUUCAAGGCGAAGCCCGAGGAGAGCAGGAAGCAGCCCGCUCCUCAGAGCUCCAAGGCCGACGGCAAGGCGAACGCGGGCAAGCGGCCGCUCGAGGAGGAGAGCAAGGAAGAGGCCGGCGCAAAGAAGCUGAGGCUGUCCGAGGAGCCUGCUAAGGAGGAGUCGGCUGCUGCCACGCCUGCUGCGGAGGCCGAGGCCGAGACCGAGCCAAAGGACGAGGUCAAGGCUGAGCAGGCCCACUCCGAGGUCACCGAAGAAGUCCACACCAACGGCGACAAUGCCGGCGCGUCGAACGAAGUCAAGGACGAAGCGACAGCGGCGCCUCAGCCGCCAGGGUCAACCUCGGCCACGCCGUCCGUAGCAACAACGCCCGCCGCUACGGCGACCGCGGCAGCAACCCCGACCAACCAAGGCCAACCCCCCGAGCCACCCAAGCGUAAGCCGGACGGCCCCUACGAGGAACCGUUCAAAUACCUCCCCCCGGACCACGAGGUGAUCAAGAACGUCGCCGAGUUCUACAAGAUCUCCCCGCGCUUCCCGACCGACCGGUACAUGGUCCGCAACGCGCUGGGCGAGCCGGCAAAGGCCAUCUACUACACCUCGGCCCUGGUGCGCGACAUCCUGGUGCACAACGAAGGCCGGGGCGUCAAGUUUGUCCACGGCGGCGUCAAGAUGUACGUCAAGCAGGACGCGCCGUCGGCCGACGUGUGCCGGUGGCGCAUCCAGUCGGAGGGCAUGCCGAUCCUGCACGGCUACGUCGGCGACGAGCGCGUCGUCGUCCUCCGAAAGAAGUCCACGCUCAAGAAGCUGCUGGUCGAGAUGUUCCCCAAGAUCGCCGGCGACGACUGGAAGCGCAUGGACGAGAUCGGCGAGCGCGUGCGCGACCUCGGCCUCGGCUGCUGCGUCCUGCGCGUCGAGCCCGAGAAGGGGGGGAAGGAGGCCACCGACGGCGACUUUUCCGAGACCAUGGCCCUGCCCCUCUGGAAGAGCUUCCAGAGCCUGAACCUGAUGCUGCCCAAGGAGGACCGCAGCGCCAUGCUGCUGCGCAUCUACAACGACACCACCCCGCUCAUCAACAUGGGCAUCCAGAGGGACGGCAACAAGGGCCAGAAGCAGGAGCAGCAGCAGCAGCAGCAGGACAAGAAGGUGAACGGCGCCGAGGGCGGCGACAAGGACGCCAGUGCCACUGCCGACGCCGAUGCCGAUACAGAGAUGAAGGACGCUGCUCCCGCCGCGGAGGGCGAGGAGGCAGAGGAGACGGUCCAGGAGGAAGCUGAGGGGGCCAGCGCUGCGGAUGCCGAGAAUCCGGUUGACGCUGCUGCCGAAGAACCCAAGACCUAAUUUCUCGGGUCUCCUUAUUAGAGACUGCGGCGCGUUUGGGGAGGAAGCUGAAGAGGUUUUGGCUAUCAGCUGCGAAGUUAAAACGGUGGGGGUUCUUGUUUGUACGCAUUGCGAUGUUCAUCUGAGUUGCCAAAUAAAAGUUUGGGGAAAUAGACUUUAUUCGCUUUGGGACACUGCCUUUUUCCGUGCUAGUCGCAGUCGUGUUCCAGAUCUGUGUAGUGUAUGUACAGUACAUACACAGCCAACAGGCAUGAAAGGUUUCCGUCGAAUCAUAACCUCUAGCAAAAGGCGUGCCGAACCGACUUCAUACAAUCAACAUCUACCAAGUACCAUCAUUGGGCAAAGAAUGCUACUAG